AUGUCGGUCAAGCAGGGAGAGACAGAAAGCUUAAGGGACUAUGUCAAGCGCUUUAACGCAGAGGCUGUCACCAUCCCAACCCUCCAGCAAAAAGUCACCGUAUUGGCUCUCAUGACGGGACUGAAGGAAGGGACUCCCUUCAGAAACUAUCUAGGCCGGAAGAAGUCAACCAGCCUCAUAGAGGUUUUAGGCAAGGCCAACGAUUACAUCUGGGGGGAGGAAUUUGACAAGGCCUCAAACACCAAGAGGCCUGCAGCAGAGGAGAAGGAUAAAGAAAAAGACCGUAAAGAAGAUAAAUAUCGGAAAGAUAAAAAGCCGGACACCUCCAAUAGAAGAGAGGAGAAUAAUUCUGUGAAAAGGGGCAUGAAGGCGACCAGCAAGUAA